AUGGAUUUCUGGGUGCAGUUCAGUGCCCAGAGCCAAGCCAAGGAGCGGGUUUUCAGAGCCGCUCAGUAUGCCUGCACUCUGCUCGGCUACACGCUGCAGAAGAAUGGAGCGAGUGCUGAUUUCCUCGCCAGGAUCAAACAGCUCGAGGCUCACAUGAGCCUGGGGCGCAAGCUGUUCCGGCUGGGGAACUCGGCGGACGCCCUGGAGUCGGCGAAGCGAGCCAUCCACCUGUCGGAUGUGGUCUUACGCUUCUGCAUCACCGUCAGCAACCUGAACCGAGCCAUGUACUUCGCCUGCGACAACAUCCUGUGGGCGGGGAAGUCGGGCCUCCUCCCUCACAUGGACCAGGAAAAGUGGAGCCAGCGGUCCUUCAGAUAUUACUUCUUUGCGCUGAUCCUGAACCUGAGCCGGGAUGCCUACGAGAUCCGGCUCCUGAUGGAGCGUGAGGCAUGCGGGAAGCGUCCGAAGGGCAGCGAGACCAGGCACGCGCUCCGAGCAGACAGCAGUCUCCAGCAGCUGGUGCUGAGGCUGAAAGUCCAGCUGCACCUUCUUGUGCAUGUGCUGAGGAGCAACCCCCCUCUGCUUGUGGACGUGGUGAAAAACGCCUGUGAUAUCUUCAUCCCGCUGGACAAGCUGGGGCUGUACAAGACCAACCCGGGCUUUGUGGGGCUGUGCGGCCUUACCUCCUCCAUCCUCUCUAUCCUCACCAUCGUUCACCCCUGGCUCAAACUUAAACCUUAACCGGGAGGACUGGCAGGUUGGUAGAGGGAUGUGGAACCUUCGCCUUUGUUACCGGUUCAAGGCCAGCCCAGGAUGUUAGGGGUCCAAGGUUGCUACUAUCCAGUGGCUGGUAUGCAGUGAAUUUCGGGGCGGGGGCUCGAUCCUAUGAUAGGACAAGCGUUCACGGUCCGCCACCAGAAUUGAUGCUAAUUCACAGCCUUAGCCAGGGAUCGGAUGAACCAUGGAGACUGAGCUCCCCUCUUGUCCCUACAGGAGUUCCAUGCCUCAGUUUCCCAACCUGUAAAGCCAGGAGGUAGCGAGUAGGGGAGGCCUUCGUUGCUGCUGCCCAUGUACUACCUGGUCUAUGGAUACAGAGUGGACUUUGGUCUCCACGGCUGGCCAGCUGGCACCUUUCAAGUGGAAGUCCUGUUUUAAAUAUAACCCUUGAAGUACUGUGAGUAACAAGCGCCUGGAGUUAGUGGCUAGAGACUCCUGAGGUGGAUUGCGAAGCCCCGGUUUAUUAGGAAUGCCAGGUAACUUUGAAAGGUGCCGGGGAAGCUCGCGGAGUAGCGGCACUUAAUGGUGAUGACAUGACAUGGCAUGUCCUUGUGUGCGCUGGCAGAGUGCAGGCUGCAGCAUUCCCAGCCGUUCCUGUUGAUGCCGUCCCCAGUUCUGACACCUCUGCCAUGCCUGGAAACCGUGGAUUUUCCUGCUGCCUUGGCAGCAACAUUAGGUUAGGUUUGAUGGUAGGAAAACAAAGGUAAACAGCAAUAUUCAGUCUCUCCUCCUGCCUCUCCUAUUUGUUUCAGUCUGGCUCUAUUUUUCCAUUGUUUGUUUAUAAAGCACGUAGGGAUGUUCAGGCAUGGAGCAUGGUGACCUGUGAAAGCGGGUAAGUGAAACCGACGUGAUCCGCACCAAUUUGCAGCAAUGGGUAGAGACUGUAAGAUGAGGUGUGAUCUCGGCGCAGGGACAGGACUGAGGACUCCUGGUUCUGUUGGGGGGUUUUUUUGUUUUUGUUUUUUUUCCUUGUGCCCUGAAUGACUGUGGACCUUCAUGUCUCUGUGCCUCAGUUUCCCCAUCUGUAAAGUAGGAAUAACACAGACCUACCCUCCUGUGCCUGCACUCCUGUUCACCCAGCUAGCCAAAUGCUCACCCCGCUGUUUUUUUUUUUUAAUGGCUUCUUUGGUGUACUUUAAUAAACUGGAGAGGAGAAGACAACAAAUGGGGCAGUGCUAACUUUGAAUGGAAAUCUGUAUUGAGAUUGUUUUCGUAAUAAACGUACGUGCUGAUCUGAAAUUACCACUUUACUGGAGUUUAUCGAGUUCUGUUUCUCUGUGCAAAGUCAGAUCAUCAACGCAGCCCUCCAGACUGAUGGCUGAUCUGGCUGCAGAGAGAUCUUGAUCACCAAGGAUUGCAUUUAUACCUAAAGCCACUGCGUUCUUCGGUGAUCUCUUUUAAUUAUGUAUGUAGGGUAAUGAGAAUGAUCUUGCUUGCGUUUAAACUGUCGUGGGCUGUACACAUGGAUGCUCUUAGCGAUCAGUGCUCUUUUUCCAUGCCUUCAGGACUCAUCCAUGCCUUCAGGACAACCCCUCUUUGAGGUAUGUCUAAUAUUAUCUCCCUUUUUACAGCUGAGAAACAGAGGCACAGAGAGGUGAAGUGACCCACCCAAGGGUAGACAAGUCACUGGCAGAGCCAGGAAUUGAACCCAGAUCUUUGUGACAGCGUGAGGAUUCUGAGCCGGGUUUCCACCUGGUGUAAAUGGGUGGUGGUCCCUCAGUGGAGCUGACUUGCAUUACCUGAGAAGUUGGCCUGUUCUUUCCAACCCCCUAGACAUUAAAAUCCCACUGAUGCCUCAUCAGUACCUAGCAAAAGCUUCCAUGGCGGGAGAAUUCACGGUAUUCUCUGUAUAAUUCGCUCCUUCUGCUUUGUAUUCGGUGCUGGUAGUAUUAAUGUGAAGCCAGGCUCUUGGCUGCUUUGUUCCUCACCCGAAGGCCCAGUCCUCUACUUGUGGUAUCCAGGCACAUAUUGCAGAGUGGAUUACCGUGUCUCCAAUAGAGAAUUUUGCCUGAAGCAGCAGGAACAUACAAAUAACAAGGAACAAAGAUCUCAUUCAUAUGCAGCCAUGGUUAGCAAUGAAAAAGAGGGACAAAACUGUCUUUAAAUAGAACAUUUUAAAGACACCCCUCUGCCCCCUCCCGGAACGGCAGCUUAAAAUAUCAGCGCCAUCAGUUAAUGUUUCUGAAUUAGCAGUGUCUGAUGGUUUACUUCGAUUUGUGCUGGAAUUCUGUAGACGCGAGGUGCCUGUCUUCGAUCAGAGAAGUAGAUAGUGCAGUGCGUAGAGCACUAGCCCGGGACUCCGGGGAGCUAGAUUCAGUUCUCUGCUCUGACACAGAUGUCUUAUGUGACCUUGGGCAAAUC